CAGUGUGUGUCAGCAGCCACAUGGCUUUAGCCCAGUGUGUGUUAUGACAGCGAGAGACGGUCUGUGUGCGUGUAGAGGAGAGGCAGUGAGUGAGAGACCCUGACGACAGAAGAGAGAGAGAGGACACAAAGGAAGGAGCUUCCUCUUUGGAUCCCAGUCAGAGUUUUGUCUCUUUCUUUGUGACACCAGCAGCAGCAGCAGCAGCAGUUUACGCUCCCAUCCCGUCUUUAUGAGCAGCAGCAGUGUGUGUUUUCAGUCCUGUGGUGUUAACUGGAGCGUCCCACCCAACACACACACUCACACCCACCACCACUCCGUCAGGAUCUUCAUGUGUCGCAGGGAGCUGUGGACAGCUCAGUGGACAUGGACCGCCUGAACAGGAACAUGCCGGAGUUUGGACGGCAAACCCACCAGGUGUUACAGAGCACGCCGCUGGACCUGAUUGAGACCGGAAAGGGGCUGAAGUUCCAAGCAGAGCGCCCCCACCUGGUCAGCCUGGGUAGUGGACGGCUGAGCACAGCCAUCACCCUGUUGCCCCUGCCUGAGGGCCGGACCACACUGGGUCAUGGCCCCAUGGACAUCAGCAUCCAGGGCCCCGGGGUGGCCGCCCUGCACUGCUACAUAGAGAACAGGUCAGGGGUCAUCACGCUGCACCCCUGCGGGAACCCCUGUGCCAUUGACGGGCUCCAGGUCACACAGCCCGUCCGCCUGUCACAAGGCUGUAUGCUGUGUUUUGGCCAGUCAGCCUUCUUCCGCUUCAACCACCCUGAAGAAGCCUUCAGGAUGAAGAGCAUGGUACCCCAGGGAGGAAGUGUGUCCGCCAGAGACUACAGACUAUGCCCAGACACAGAGAGCUUGGUCAAUGGGAAUCAUCAGGCCGGUCCAGCCCAGUCUCCCCCAGCUCCUGGAGAGAGAGUCCAGUCUGAGCACAGUGCAAUCGUCAGCUCUAUUGAGAAGGACCUCCAGGACAUCAUGGACUCUCUAGUCAUGGAUGACCCCCAGCCUUCUUCCUCGGAGGGCAAAAAGCCACCUGAAGGCCAACCCAUUCCGCACUCCCCUCUUUCACCCAUGGUCAAUGGAGGGGGCCGGUAUCUGCUGUCCCCUCCUACCAGCCCAGGGGCCAUGUCCGUGGGGUCCAGCUACGAGAAUACAUCCCCUCCCUUCUCUCCCCUCUCCUCUCCCUCAGCGGCCAGCAGUGGGAGCUUUACCAGCCCUUCUCCUAGUGGAGGACCCCAGGACCAGAGUUCUUCUCUGCCACCAGUGCCUGUACGCUCCUCUAGCUACAACUUCACCACCCAGCCUCCACCUGUACCCCAGCCACGGACCAUACUGCCUAACUUUAGCAGCGGUGGGGUGGGCCAGAAGGUUCAUGAAAGCCCCAGGCUGCAGAGGAAGGUCUUAAUAGAGGCUCCUCCAAGCCCCAAGCCAAGCCGCAGAGGCCUAGGCCAAGAUGGCUCUGAGAGCCCCCGACAGACCCCUCUUCUGUCCUCUACGGAAUCUCUCAGUAGUAGAAACAUUGUGCCAAGUAGCCCCAGACUCACUCCCAAAUUCCCUACCUGUCCAUCCCCGUCGCCCUCGAGUCCCAGGACCAAGACAACCACAGUGCUCCAGGAAAGGCCUGCCAGCCCUUUCAGAGAGCAGACCAGUCUAGCUGAUUGCUCCCUAACCUCCAGCCCAUCCAGGCAGCUUUCCCAACCCACCAGAGCCUUCCAGCCUCCCUUGGAUCCAAUCGUCCACAUCAUCCAAGGAUCGCCGCUCCAGCAGCAUCCACGUUCUCUGCAGCCCCCUGAAAGUCCUCGCAUGGCCAGGAGAAACAUGGAGCUGAACGGCAGUGGCAGUGGAGGGAGCGGUAGUAUGAGAGAGCUUCCACCACUUAGCCCCUCAAUGGCUCGGAGAGGGGUCCCGGUACUCCCUGGGGCACUCCCAGGUACAGUCCCCACCUUGAGGACUCCAGAUAGCCCCUCAGGCCUCAGCAAAUUUGUCCCAGAGAGUCCCAGGCUCAGACGCAAGUCUGGAUCUACAUCUGAGGAGCAUUGCAGCAGGGGGAUCCGAGCCCGCAGCCCGUCGCCUACCUCUAUGAUGAUGGAGGGUGGUGGUGGUGCAGGAGUACGGAAGGCGAGCUUUGGGAAUUCCCUGUCACCUGCUUACAGUCUGGGCUCCCUGCCUGGCUCGUCCCCUGUUGCCAGCCCCAGGACCCAUAGGAAGAUGUCUGCAGGGAGACCCCACCCUGGGAUGAGGGAAAGGAAGAACAGCAUCACAGAGAUCAGUGACAACGAGGACGAGCUGCUGGAGUACCACCGACGACAGAGAGAGGAGAGGCUUCGAGAGCAAGAAAUGGAGAGACUGGAGAGACAGCGACUAGAGACCAUCCUGAACCUCUGUGCCGAAUACAACAAAGGAGAAAGCACCGGCCUGGAACCCCUGGGCUCAGGGAGGACAGGGUUUCCUGGGGGGCUGUCGGACAGCAUGGGGCGGAGGCCGUCCAUGGAGAACGUCCUCGGAGGGACACCGUCCUCUGCAACGCUCCGCCUGCUGCAGAGACAGCGGGAGAGCGACGAGGAGAACCUGAAGGAGGAGUGUAGUAGUACAGAGAGCACACAUCAGGAGGUGAGGACAUCUGCUCUCAGCACAGCAUCAGCACUGCACAAUGGAGACAGACAGCACGAGGACUCAUCCAGUUCAGGCAGCGCAGGUCGCCUGGAGCUGGGUUACCUGGAAGAUGAGCGGGUUCGCGUUCUUGCUCGGAUCGAUGAGCUCAAAACCCGGCUGAUGGAGCUGGAGCAGCAACUCCAGGAGUCCAAACAGGAGGCGGAGAUGGAGCGUGCCUUGCUGCAGGGCGAGAGGCAGGCGGAGCUCGACCAGAUUGAGGCUGAGACAGACAUCAUCACUCAGCUGCAGCACAAGCUGGACGAGCUGGAGAGCGCCAUCCAGAGGGAGAAAGACAAGGAGAGGGCUAAUGUUGAGGCCGAGCGCCGGGCCCUGCAGAGCCUCCAGGAGGGCUACGCUGAGCUGAAGAACCAGCUUCAUAACUGUCCCGAGUCCCUGCGGGAACAGUUACAGGAACAGCUCAAAAGGGAUGGAGAGGCGUUGGAGGCAGGAACCAAAAAGUUUGAGGACCUGGAGUUUCAGCAGCUGGAGAGAGAGAGCAGCCUGGAGGAGGAGAGAGAAACCAUCAGCCAGCAGCUGCUCCAGGAGAGAGCAGAGUACCACAGCAGCGUGGCCAAGAGGAAGGAGAAGGUGUCUGCUCUGGAGAACCAGGCCAACCAGCUCGGCCUGCAGGCAUCUCAGGAGUGUGAGCGGCUGGCCAAAGACAGGACCCUCACGCUGCAAAUGCUCCAAAAGGAGAAAGAGAGGCUGUCGGCCCUGGAGAAAAGAUACCACAGCCUGACUGGUGGAAAGAGCUUCCCCAAGUCCUCCACUGCAAUGAGAGAGGAAGCGCUCCAUAUCAGCGAGGCUGACCUGUUGUUGGAGGAUGUCCACUCCUCCCAGCAUUCCCUCUGUCGAGCUUCUUCUUCCUACUUACAUCCCUCCCCUCCCUGUCAGUUGUACCCCAGCAGCCCUACGGAGGAGUACAUGAAGCUGUCGGACGUCUAUAAGAUGUACGGCGGCAGUGGCCGCCACGAAAGCAUCAAGCCCGCCUCUCACGGCCGCUCGUUUGCCAUAGAUGCUGCAUUAGCUGGCGCCUGUGAGGAGUAUGUGACAGUGGGCCAGUUAAAUCAGAUGUAUGGGAUGCCAAAGGUGGAGUCAUCCCCCACAUCCCCGCUUCGCCAGUCCCUGCAGCCUGGAGCAGUAGACCCCGCCUUCUCCUGCCUCCCCUCUCCUCAUGGCUCCUCCCUCUCUCUCUCUGUAGAGUACCAGUCUGAGGGCAGUAGGCCUCACCUCUCCAAGCUAGAUUUAGAGCAGUGGUACCAGGAGCUGAUGGCUGGCUCCAGCCAGCUCUGUCCUCCCCCUCUGCCAGCCAAGUCGCUGUCGGGCCGCAGAGCUGUGCUGCAGGUGUUCCGCUCUAAGCUGGACAGUGAUCCAGGCUUGUCUUUUCAUCAGCCUAAAUCAGGCUCCGCGUCCCCUCUGCAGCACGGAGCAGCGACACUGGGACGCAACGCCAGCUCAAAGAGCCCCCUGCUGGCGGCCAACAGCACCGGCAGUCUGCCCAGGAACCUGGCUGCAACCCUGCAGGACAUUGAGACCAAGAGACAGCUCGCUCUGCAGCAGAAAGAGCCCCAGACCUCCAGACAGAACACCGUAGAGGGAGGCUCAGCAGGUCAGCAGGUGAUCGAGGAGCAGCGCCGCCGUCUGGCCGAGCUCAAACAGAGAGCGGCGGUCGAGGCCCAGUGUCAGUGGGAGGCGCUCCACGGCUCCCAGCCCCACCUCAUGACCUCGUCCUCCUCAUCGCCCUCCUACUCCCCAGUCAUGUCCUACAGCCCCGCGCUGAGCCACAGCUCCGUAGGCCCCCCACCUCUGGUCCACCACUCCAUCCUGCACCACCAGCCCCCGUCAGCCGGAGAGCAGCCCUACGACACGCUGAGCCUGGAGAGCUCCGACAGCAUGGACACCAGCAUUUCCACGGGGAACAACUCGGCCUGCUCGCCAGAUAACAUGUCCAGUGUCGGAGGAGUGGACGCGAUGAAGAUCGAGGAGAUGGAGAAAAUGCUGAAGGAGGCGCAGCUGGAGAAAGCCAGACUUAUUGAAUCGCGGGAACGAGAGAGCCUGGCUCGCCGUCAGAUGCUGGAGGAGGAGAGGAGGAGGAGGGAGGAGGCGGAGAAGAGACUGCAGGACGAAACUUUCCACCGGCAGCAGCUAGUGGAGAAGGAGGUCAAGAUGAGGUCCAAGAACUUCUCUCAGGCCCGUCCAAUGACUCGCUACCUGCCCAUCCGGAAGGAGGAGUUCGACCUGCGCUCCCACGUGGAGUCAUCGGGCCACAGCGUUGACACCUGCUACCAAGUCAUUCUCACAGAGAAGAUGUGCAAGGGCUACCUGGUGAAGAUGGGAGGCAAGAUCAAGUCCUGGAAGAAACGCUGGUUCGUCUUCGACCGCCUCAAAAGGACUUUCUCCUACUACGUCGACAAACAUGAGACCAAGCUGAAGGGUGUGAUCUACUUCCAGGCAAUAGAAGAGGUCUAUUACGAUCACCUCCGCAGUGCCACAAAGAAGGGAUUUUUCAACUUGAAUAUGACCAGUAGCCCGAACCCCUCCCUGACCUUCUGCGUAAAGACCCACGACCGGCUCUACUACAUGGUGGCCCCCUCAGCAGAGGCCAUGAGGAUCUGGAUGGACGUGAUCGUCACAGGAGCAGAGGGAUACACACAGUUCAUGAACUGAGAGACGCGCGUGCAGCAAAGGUGACGAGCAGAUAGUUUCGGCAGGGACUCUCCCAUCACAGACUCUACAGCCCCCCCCCCCACAUCCGUUUCCAGUCCACUGCGGACACAACGCCUUGUUUGUUACUUUUCAUUUUUAAUCUCACAUUAUGAUUUUUACUAUGUAGACGUUUCACCUCCACAUUUUCUAUGUGAUUUCUGUUCUGAAAAAGGGAGCCCUCGGAGGACACACAAACUUACACACAUCUGUAUAUAAACCAAAAUGUAUACCUGUCAAAGACUUUUAAAAAGCCUUUCUAUAUUGCCAAAUGGAGAUCUUGUAGUUACUGUUUGUUGAACAUUUUGUAUUAUUUGUUUCCUUUCUUUUUUUUUUUUUUUUUUUUACUUCUAGAGAAAAUUGCCAAAUGACAUAAUGCCAAUGUUUUAUUUUGAGUGUUCCAUCAUGACUGUGCUCAGUUUAGACAGAAAACAUCUUCAAUCAAAGGGUGUAAUCAAUUUAGGAAUAUAUUUGAAAGAAUCGCAUUCAAAAUGUCAGAAUCCAUGAGAAAUAAUAAAAUCAGUCGACAGGGACCGGAGCGGAUCUAAGAGUCCAGCACACUUGACUGUAACAGUGACACAGUAAAACAGAGCAUCCUCCACAAGCUGCUCUUAGACUAAAGACUAACACUAAAUGCAACAUCUUCAGCACAUUACGCCAUCCAGAGCUUCAUCCCAGUCACAUUACUUCACAUAGUCUUACCAAAGUAACUGGAGGUAUUUUGUUGACUUUGACCCACUACAGCUCAGGAGUUCACGCUGCAGUUCUCACUAUGGUUCCACUAAUAUGGGGUAAGACUGGGACUGAUAUUAGCAUUAAAGCUGCUAAUGAACAGUGUUUGGUGCAGUAAACAUUAUAUAUAACAUAUUAAUAAAAAGCUGCUCUAAAUCCAGAAUAACUGUCAUGUCUGUAUGCUGAAUAUGAAGCAACAGACAUUUAGCUUAGCAUAAAGACUAGAAAGGAAACAGCUAGCCUGGCUCUGUCCAAAGGUAAAAACUAUUAGCUAAUAUGUCUCAUUUGUUUAAUUCGGACAAAACAUCCAAAAAUGUAUAUACACUUAAUUUAUCACUUCUUUGACAAUUGUGGAUCCCCACAUUUUUAAUACAAUUUACGAUGAAAUAAAACAAGUAGCCAAUCCAUCAUAUUAGCUGGAUGUUAGCCAACACCCAGACAGCCUGUAUAUUGGUCCAACCAUAGCUGCCACAUUGUCAGUGUACUAUAUGUGAUGAACAUGAGUAUUUCACUGUGUCUGUCUGAUGCCGCCAUGUUGCCAACUCAAGGUGCAAACAGAAUAUUUCCGUGCACACUUAUAAACAGAUAAAGCUCUAUUUGCCAAGUAGCCUUCAGCUAACUUGAUGAUGCGACUACACAGCUGGGAAGCAGCCAUCAUCACUGCCAGCCUAAAGCAAAACCACCAGAGGGCGCUACAGAGACCGCACCGCCACAGGACCAGGACAGGAUGAAAAAUACGGACUAAUGCAAUUCUGAACUGUGCCUUGACUAUGUGUUGUUAUUGAUGCCGUGAGUCCAGCACAGCCUCGCUGGAAGGCUACAAUUGUAUGAAUGCAUUUUAGUUUGUGUUUCUGUGCUGUGAUGCAGUAUGUGGACACGUUGGCACGAGGUCUCUACACCGUUACGGGGACGUCUGAUGGUUACAGGCAGAUACCGAAGGCCCGGAGCACAGUGGGAUCAGUUAGUUCACUGUUGUUAUUUUAACUCUCAAUGUACAAUAUAGUGGGUAGAUUCAUGUAUAUUAUUAAAGGAACACUCAGUUUUCAGUCGUCAUCGUGGGGAACUGAUCAGUCUGGAGGAGCUUUGUCUGAGAAAAUAACCCUGAUGAUGUCAUCAGUGUCUUUAAUUUGACCUUUUUUAAAUCCGUCUCUCGCAAGUUCCCCUUAUUCGCUGGAGUGCUCCUUUAAAUCCUAACCAAUCAGAGGUGCAGAUGCUUGUUCUGCAAGGAUAUUAAACAGUUUAACAACUUUUGAUUCGCAAAAGGCAAAUUUUAAUAGUUAUUAUUAUUAUUAUUAUUAUUAUUAGAGUUUCAGGAGCAAAAUGCUUGCUAAAUAGCUAGCUAACAUUUUGCUAUCAUAACUUUUCAAUAUAAAUGAAGCUAGCACACAGCUGACUUAUGAAUCCCCACUGUGAGCUGAGGUCUGCAUGCAUGCGGAUGGACAUUGAAGCCUCGUAUCUUCAGCUUUAACAGACUGUAAAGGACCGGGCUCGCCUGGCGUCUCCGUGUUGAUCAUCACGUUGUGAAUCUAUUGAUCGGCCGUGAACAUUACAGUUUGUAGUUAACGGACGUCGUUUUCGGUUUUGUAGAGGCAGAGGACAAACUAGGCUGUGAUUAUUUGGAGCAUGUGGAACUGUUGUUUAGUUUCAUGUGUCGGUACAGUAAUAAUAAUUUAUGGUUGUGGUGCCUGAGAUAGUGACACGUUUACUGAAAAAAAAAAAAAAAAAAACUAGUGAAAAGACCUUAAUAUAUUCUGUCCCCCUUGCCUUUAUCUUCCCUGCACAGUUAACAUGUGCAAACCAAACUAUUCAACACUGGCAAGGCUGUUAAAUCAUGUCUGUUGAUAGUAGGUGGUAUAUACAUUACUGUUGUAAUCUAUGUUGAAAAGAAAGGAAACUAAAUAUACUGUAAAGAGGAUGCCUGAAUGAAAAAAAUAUCUUACUAUUGAAAUGAAACAGUAUUGUAUGGAAAGAAGUACAAUUUUUACUUAUUUUUGUCAUUUUAGAAAUUUUAUUGUCAGUCAGUUACAUUUCAAAUUGUAUGGUAGUGAUGUAUCAAUCUACCUGUUUUUUUUUUUUUUUACUGGUACAGCAGAACACACACACAUCUGCACACACACGCAGAAUAACUCACCUAGCACUCAUGAGACUGUACUUUUUGUUUUUCUAGAAAGUAGAUCCUGUUUCACACACACAGACACACACACACAAACAAUCAAUACUCGGACCAUACUGUGUUAUUGGUACCCUGUAUGUCUCAUGCGUUGCUUUCACGUAUGAAUAAUAUGGAUUUUGUCAAAUCUAUUAAAAACAGAACUGUUACAGAA